AUAUAAAAGCUACGACCUCGACGACAACACAACGAAAAUGAAUAGCAAGCACAAUUUCAUGUCCAAAGCAUCUUACAAUAUCUUCAAAUCUGAAUAAUAUUUAGUAAUCGCCGAUUUAUCACUAUGGUUUCCGCUUCAGCAACUAUCGAGAUCGCCAGAUCUCCAGCACAUGUCAGACGAGUUUUCCUUGACUUCGCGCGGUUCCACGAAUGGUGCCAAGGCCCCGUCAAGGCCGUCCAGACACUCGCGCCGGGAGGCCGGACAGACGCCGGCGACAAGGUCAAGGUGUCGUUUGGCGGCGGGAUAUCCGCUACGGCUGAGAUCUCCGAAAACUCACCUACCCAGUUCAAGUGGCGAACGAGUCUACCAGGUCUCUUAAAGGCAGAGCACACGUUCCGAUUCGAAGACAGCAAGAUCACGCCGGGAUGGACGACUUUUAUCAACUCAGAGACGUUCACGGGGUUCUUGUCGUUGUUGGGCGGAUCACAUGAUGGCUCGUCACCCGGUUUUGAGAAGUUUAAUCAGAGUCUCAAGCAAAGAGCAGAGAGUAUCGAAGAGUCAUAAGAUGGCUUUGCUCCCAGUUGUUAAGUUUAUCUGUAUCAUGAAACAUUGAUUGGGGUACUCAGGGCGUUUUGGAUUUGUUAGUAUUCGGUUAUACAUGGCAACAGUAGUUGGAGUAUUGUAAGGGAUGAUUUGAGUUAUACUACAGAGAAGAGAAAUGCAUCGGCUGAAGCAGCUGUGACUACUCAUCAUUCUGCGUGUUUCAUGUUUGUUGACGACAUCGGAAGGUACUCUGAUUAUUUUUCAUCGCACCCAAGGCUAUGAAUUCUGACGACGGGUGGUUUAGUAUAGACUUGUCGUGCCAAUUAAGGGGUCCGCUUCAAAGCAGUCAGUCCUCUUCGGCUCAUCUUCUCCCACGCUCGCUUUUUGUACGGCAGUGAAUGUGGCUACUCGUGUUAUGAGAUUGAAGUAGACUGUAAUCUACCAGCGGCCAGCCUGCGUUGCCGUGCUACAAUCGCCUCCCUUGAUGAGUCGCUAAGUCGGGCUGUAAUAUGACCAGGACCGUAACCUAAUAUGUGAACUAGGCAGCUUUGAACUUGGUCAUAUUCAGCCAAUUAUUCCUUGGGAUAUAAGAGCAUUUCAUUCACUGGUCUUUAGGG